AUGCAUUUUGGUUGCUCCACCGCCAAACCCGAAAUUUUAAAACCAGUCAUCGACGGUCAAGUGGAGCCAACAAACUCCUCGCAUCUAUUGCUCGAAGCCAUACAAAGGGAAGGCGACUUCAGCACGUUGUUGUUGUGGCGUCGUAAGCCAAUAGACUGCUUUGCUGACUUCUCUGACUGGCGUUCGGCGAACUUCACGGCCAAACUUAUCUUUGACGCGAAUUAUACGAUCUACUUGAAUGCAUACUACAACCGCGCGCUGCUCAGCGUCGUGUGUCUUGACGAUUUUGUGGACUUGAAUCUGCUGGAGAGUAUGUCGGAAAGCUUGCAACAUAUGCGGGAGGUUAGAAUAUUAUUCUUGCUGAAAAAUUUCACUACAGCGCAGUCGGACGAGCUGGAAGAACUUUUCGCUUACUGUGACCAGCAGCAAAUGUUGAAUGUAGUUGCAGUGUUUAGAGAUUUUCAGGCAACUGGCCGUUUGAACUCUUUCACUCGUUUUCCGAAUUUCACUUUGGAGAGUUAUCCAUCGUCUGGGAUAUUCUAUCGGAGUCGUUUUAAUGACUUGCAGGGUUAUGAGUUGCGUAGCAUGCCGUCACAAUCCGAACCGGGAUCCAUCGUGUAUACAGAUGGGCUUGGUGAAAAGCGCAGUUCUGGUUAUGUUUACCAUCUAAUUUCCACCUUCGCCGCCAAGUUGAAUGCCACACUUACUUAUAGGGCACCACUGAAUGUAGGUGCGAGCAUCGAAAUCUCCAUUCUGGCAGACUUAACCAGCAAUUAUGAAUUGGAUUUGCCGAUUGGCUUACAAAUGCCUGUCGAGAACGAUUCGCUUUACGCGUUCUCAAACAUUGUGGAGAUCAGCAGCUGGAUGCUAAUGCUGCCACGGUCGGGCUAUAUUGAGCGUUACCAAGUCUACAAGUAUAUCUUUCAGAGCAAUACGUUGAAAAUAGAUGUUACGAUUUUCAUUAUUUUCUCAUUGCUGUACACGUACAUAAUCAACGGCCACGAAAGCCAUGUGGGAAGUGUAAAAGAAUUCGCGUAUAAUGACGUGAUCUUUAAUGAUAAAAUUUUUCGUGGCGUUGUCGGACUACCGUUUCAGUUGCGCCGUAAGCGAAAUUACAAAUUUUAUUUGUUAUAUUUUCUGAUUUUCCUGCAGGGUCUGAUAUGGAGCACUGCCUAUAGCGCACAAUUACAUGCAUUUAGCAGUCAACCACCUUCGGGAGAACAAAUAAAAAGCUACGCCGAUUUAAAAGCUCGUGGCAUAAAAAUCGUGCUACCGCUAGAAGAGUAUGAGGUACUUGAGAAAUUCAUGCCCGAGUCCUUUAUGUUGAGCUAUAGAGAUCUUCUGCUCGUUUUUCCCGAGUUGCGGGAUUUCUACACACUUCGGAAGAGUCUCAACCCAGGCUUCGCGUAUUCCACACAUUCGGAAAUGUGGGCGAUGGUCGAGCGUCAGCAACGCUACUUCUCUCAACGCCUAUUUCGCGUGUCCGAAGAGGCGCAGUUCCAUCGCCAAAUUUUACUGGCAGUACCCUUGGCCGAAAAUAGUGUCUAUCGCGCCACAUUCAACGCGUACUUAUUGGAAAUGCAGGCGUACGGUUUCUGGCAUCACUGGACUACAAUGAGUUUGUUUGAAAUGAUCAAGGCGGGAAAGUUGAGUUUGGAGGAUUUGACUAUAGCGCGCCACUAUGAACCACUACAUUUUCAGGAUCUCCAUUAUAUUUGGUUGAUGUAUAUUUUUGGUAUUGCCAUUGGAAGUCUUUGCUUCAUAACAGAAAUUUUAAAGGAAAAGUUUAAGCAAAAUAAGUGCCCCAGGGAUGGUCAGGGCUUUUAA